AUGGCACCAGCUCCGAUUGCGACAUCGGAACAGGAUGUGAUAAUGAAACCUUUUACUGUUAACGAUGAAGCUAGCCACGAAGAAGAAGAAGAAGGAGAAGGAAACUCUGGCUUUUUUAAACCUUCAGAAUCAGACAUGUUGUUCUACUAUAAGCGUCUUCUUCCGUUCAAAUACAUUUUUACGUGGUUAUCUCACUCACCCAAAAUUACCAAGGACUUUACAAUGAGGGAGUUUGCUUACGAGUAUAGGUCAGGAGCUUACCAACGGUACAAUUCGUUUACUUCACCUGAGGAUUUUAAGAAAUCAGUGAUACGGGCUAAUCCCACACGUUUUGAAAUAGGUGCUAUAUAUAAGGUCAAUCCACAGGAGCGAAAAAACCUUCCGAAACAAGCUAUGAAACCUCUUGGCAAGGAAUUGGUAUUUGACAUUGAUUUGACUGAUUAUGAUGAUGUGCGUACUUGCUGUCUGGGAACUGCCAUAUGUUGCAAGUGUUGGAGAUUUAUUCAAAUAGGAGCAAAGAUUUUGGAGGCUGCAUUGAGGGAAGAUUUUGGGUUUGAACAUUUGUGCUGGGUUUUCAGUGGGAGAAGAGGUGCGCAUUGUUGGGUCAGUGAUAAGAGAGCCAGAGAGUUGGAUGAAGCAAGCAGGAGAAGCAUUGUUGAGUAUUUGGAUAUUUUGAGUGGGAAGGGGAAUAGAGGUGGCGGCUUGAAUUUGAGAAGACCUUUUCAUCCUCAUGUUGAAAGAAGUUUCGAGAUCUUGAAGAGCCAUUUUCUUAGUUUACUUUUGGAGGAUCAGGAUCCGUGGUUAACGACUCCUGAUAUGGAUGAAAAUAAUCCCAUAUGGGGAACGAAAAUUGAUGAGUUUUUAAGCUUUAUACCGAUGAAAGAAUUGAAAACUGAGUUGAAAAAGAAAUGGAUUACCGAGCGGAAGAUUUCCCACUCAAGAGAUAAAUGGGAAGAUAUCAAUUCCGUUGCUUCAAAAGUUCUUAAAUCACAACUGCAAAUUGCUCCUUUGAAUGAAGCUAAAAAGGACAUCAUUAUUUUUUAUAUGUAUCCGAGACUAGAUGUGGAAGUGUCUAGACAAGUUAUCCAUUUAUUGAAAUCUCCGUUUUGUAUACAUCCUGGAACAGGUAAUGUUUGUGUUCCAUUUGAUCCACUGAGGAAUAUACUGGGGAAGCCAGAAGACGAUUCUUAUGGAUUUAAUCCAAUGAGUGCUCCUAAUUUGAAAACAUUGCAGUGGGAAUUGGAAGAGUAUAAUAAAAAUGCCGAGAAUGAGAGUGGUGCCAACGGUAAUGGCAAUGGCAAUAGGAACAUGCCCAAUUGGGAAAAAACCAGUUUGAAACCGUAUGUUGACUUUUUCAAGAGAUUUGUACAACAUUUAGUACAGGACGAAGUAAAGGAUAUGAAAAGAGGACUAGAUAACGAUGAAGAUGAAAUUGAUCCCCUAGAUUUUUGA